CCGCGGCUGCCCGCGAGCGCGCCGGCCCGGAAGAUGGCGGACGGCGGGGCCGGGGCCGGGGCCGGGGAGCAGGAAGGGGAGCCGAGCGCGGCGGGUGGCGGCGGCCGGAGGGACCGGCAGCCCCGGAGCAGCGGCCGCCCGCCCAGCGCAAGGGAUUUGCAGUUGGCCUUGGCAGAGUUAUAUGAAGAUGAAGCUAAAAGGCAGUCAUUGUGCCAUGACAAACCAACGACUACAAAGAUCAGUAACACAAAAGUACCACAGAGUCUUAAAAUUGAUUCUCUUAGAAGGUUGAGAAAACCAGAGAGAAGCAUGAGCGAUGACAAAGAAAACCAAAGAUUUUAUUCAGGUGACUCAGAAUAUAGAGGAUUGCAGAUUUCUGGGGCGUCUAAUAAUCCAAGUAAAAUCGUUGCUGAACUCUUCAAGGAAGCGAAAGAACACGGGGCUGUCCCGUUAGAUGAAUCCUCAAGAACAUCUGGUGAUUUCAGUAAAGCUAAGUCAUUUUCUGGUGGUGGAUAUAGAUUGGGUGACUCAUCGCAAAAGCACUCUGAAUACAUAUAUGGAGAAAAUCAAGAUGUUCAAAUUUUGCUGAAACUAUGGAGGAAUGGCUUUAGUUUAGAUGACGGCGAGUUGAGAUCCUAUUCAGACCCAACAAAUGCUCAAUUUCUUGAAUCUGUUAAAAGAGGGGAAAUUCCUGUAGAACUGCAGCGACUUGUUCAUGGUGGCCAGGUUAAUUUGGAUAUGGAAGACCACCAAGAACAGGAAUAUGUGAAGCCUAGACUGCGAUUCAAAGCUUUCAGUGGCGAAGGGCAAAAACUUGGAAGCCUUACACCUGAAAUAAUCAGCACACCUUCUUCCCCAGAGGAGGAGGAAAAAUCCUUCCUUAAUGCGCCAGUUGUGAUUGAUGAUUCUAUGCCAGCAACUAAAAUUCAAAUUAGAUUAGCAGAUGGAAGCCGAUUAAUACAAAGAUUUAAUCAAACACACAGGAUUAAGGAUAUUCGAGAUUUCAUUAUCCAGUCCCGUCCAGCAUUUGCAACAACUGAUUUUGUUCUUGUGACUACCUUUCCAAAUAAAGAGCUAACAGAUGAAAGCCUGACACUACAAGAAGCAGAUAUACUUAACACUGUGAUUCUUCAACAACUAAAGUAAUUUUUUAGUCGUUGGUACAAUACAGGGAGCGUGCUGCAUUGUUAUAUAGUAUGUUCCAACAGAUGAAAAAAGGGAAGAUUGGUGUCUUUUUAUUCCCCCUCUUCCAUGGAUCAGAUUUUUGGGUAUCACGUCUUCCAGCUAUAGCAUAUCUAACUUUUUUUCAAUUUUUUCAACAUUGUUUCAGCUUUUUUCAGCGUUAAGAUUCACUAUGUUGGUACGUUUCAAACCAUAUCUUGUACUAAAUGUGGAAUGUGUGACUUUAUGACUCCUCAUUGUUUUGAAGGGGUUGGGGAGGGAAGCAUUUUUCUGAAGGGGACGGUUUCUUUCAUACAGUUGGUAAGAUUUGCACUAUGGAAAUGUUUUAUGCUGCAUUGACAAACAGCCAUUUGAAAACUUAGCCUGUAAGUUAUAUUUCUGUAUUAAUAUUAAGGAGUUAUGUUUAAUAUGUUGACAGAUAAUUAAUGUCUUAAUAUAAUUUUUGUAUAUUCUGUUCAUAGUGUUUCAUGUUGCGGUAUAUUUAUAUUCUAUUUUUUACGUAAUUUUCCCUGUAUCAUUGCUGAUACGAGUGGAUCGGUUCAGAAGAUGCAAACCUCAGCUAUUGCUGACUAUAAUAGAUUGUUCUCAUUUAUAGUCUAGUUGUUCUGUUUGUGGUAAAAACAAGUAUGAAUUUUUUUCUUCUUGAAGUUAGAGAAAUGAGAGACUACUGCCAUCUGGAGAAAUGCUGUGAUUUAGAUUUCUUGAGAGUAGGCCUGUGGUCACUUUGAACCUGAAUAUACAGUUAAACCCUGUGCUGCAGCUACUUGAUUCCUCACAUCAACAGUUACUUAAAUAAACCCAAACAAAAACCACCAAGAUUUCUGUAGAAACAGAACCUUUUAAUGCUGUCACUUGCAUGCGCAAAAGAAGACAUGUUUAUUGGGCACGUAUUUUUGACUUGAAUUUCAGGUCUUUAUAUUUGGAAUUUUGGCCAAAGGCAUUUUGUAAUAUUCAGUGGAGAUUUGGUUGUGUGGCUUUUACUACUUGUUUGAAAGCUGUACAAUUAAACCCGUUAAUCUUUGAAAUGAUGUAUUUUUUCAGAGAACUUGGCCCUACGCUGCAGUAUACAGGUAGGAACCUUAUGUUGUGGGAAAAACGGCUGCUGUGCUUUCAUAGUAUGCAGUUUUAUAGUAUUUGUGGCUUUAUAUCAGAUGAGUUGGUCACACUCUGAAGAAGGGUAAAUGAACUGUAUCUCUUGUACUGAUAUAUGUGUUAAAAAUGCUAUUUUCACUGAUUAUUCUGAAAAUAUUGAUAUUUGCUAGGCUUAUUGUUGCUCAGUAUAUUUGAUUAAUCUUAUGUUUUGACCUCAAAGUAGGUAUUUGACUGAGUAAAUUUUAAACGUGCAAUUGUAUUUGAAGUAUUUUGUUUUGUAAUCUGAAUAUCUGCAUGAUUUUAAUCAUAAUUCAUUUCACAUGCUAAGUAAUUAAAGUUUUAAGCUAAAAAGAC